AUGGGGUUUGAUCAAAAAUGGGUGGGUUGGAUAAUGCAAUGCAUUACUUCCAUCUCCUACCGCAUUUUGAUCAAUGGGGAUCCCAAGAGACGGAUUAGGCCAACACGGGGAAUCCGUCAAGGGGACCCGAUUUCUCCAUAUCUAUUCAUACUUUGUACAGAGGCGCUAAUCGCUCAGAUUAAGAAUGCCGAAAAAGAGGGGAAGAUCCAGGGAUUACGUAUUUCGAACGCAAGCCCACGAGUUUCCCACUUACUUUUUGCAGAUGACAAUCUAUUCUUUUGUAGAGCUGAUCCUCAUCAAUGCAAGAAAAUUAUCGAUAUAAUCCGCUUUUAUGGGGAGGCAUCCGGACAAGGAAUUAACUUUUCCAAAUCUUCAAUCAUGUUUGGAACCGAGGUCCCUUCCCAUAUACGAGAAAAGAUCAAAUAUAUUGUUGGGAUAUCACAAGAAGGAGGCAUGGGUACAUACUUGGGUCUACCCGAGAAGAUUCAUGGGUCAAAGGCACAAGUAUUCACAUUCGUGAGGGAUAAACUCCACAAGAGGGUAAACUUAUGGACCUCAAAAUCCCUAUCCAAAGGAGGCAAGGAAGUCCUGAUAAAAUCAGUGGCGCAAGCAAUUUCGACAUAUGUAAUGUCGUGUUUUCUCUUACCAAAAGCUAUAUGUUCAAAAUUAAGUAGCGCUAUUGCCGAUUUCUGGUGGAGCAAUAAAGCAGAUAGUAAAGGAUUACAUUGGAUCUCAUGGGAGCAAAUGUGCACUCAACUCUCAGAAGGCGGGUUAGGCUUUCGAACACUAGAAGAAUUUAAUCUUGCCCUAUUGGCAAAGCAAUUAUGGAGAUUGCUAGAUAUUCAGAUUCUCUCCUUAGUCGAGUUCUUAAAGGAAGAUACUUUAGAUAUUGUAGCCCAUUAG